AGCUCUGACGAUCUUUUCCGGGUCGAGAUAUUAGCACACCCAUGAAAGUGAGCUAGCGGGCCCGAGGUCUUCUUUUAAAAUAUCUCAAAAGAAGCAACAAUUGGAAACGUAAACACUCCCAAUACGGAAAAUAACACUUUAUCGUCCUGUAACCAUAUGAUACAGCGAUGCCGGGGCUCAGCUGUCGAUUUUACCAGCACCGGUUCCCAGAGGUGGAGGAUGUCGUGAUGGUGAACGUGAGGUCCAUCGCUGAGAUGGGCGCCUACGUCAGCCUCCUGGAGUACAACAACAUUGAGGGCAUGAUCCUCCUGAGUGAGCUGUCCCGUCGACGUAUCCGCUCCAUCAACAAGCUCAUCCGCAUCGGCCGCAAUGAGUGCGUGGUCGUCAUCCGAGUAGACAAAGAGAAAGGCUACAUCGAUUUAUCAAAAAGAAGAGUUUCCCCAGAGGAGGCCAUCAAGUGCGAAGAUAAAUUCACUAAAUCUAAAACUGUGUACAGCAUCCUGCGACACGUGGCGGAGGUGUUGGAGUACAGUAAGGACGAGCAGCUAGAGAGCUUGUACCAGCGCACCGCCUGGGUCUUUGAUGAGAAAUACAAGCGACCCGGAUAUGGAGCCUACGAUGUCUUCAAACAGGCUGUAUCAGAUCCUGCCAUUCUUGAUGGAUUGGAGUUAACAGAGGAGGAGAGGAGCGUGCUCAUUGACAACAUCAACAGGCGACUCACUCCACAGGCUGUCAAAAUCAGAGCAGACAUCGAGGUAGCAUGUUACGGGUAUGAGGGCAUCGAUGCAGUGAAGGAGGCUCUGAGGGCGGGGCUAAGCUGCUCCACAGAAGCCAUGCCAAUCAAGAUCAACCUGAUCGCUCCCCCUCGCUACGUGAUGACGACGACCACGCUGGAGCGCACAGAGGGUCUGUCUGUCCUCAACCAGGCCAUGGCUGCCAUUAAGGAGAAGAUCGAGGAGAAGAGAGGGGUCUUUAACAUCCAGAUGGAGCCCAAGGUGGUGACAGACACAGAUGAGACAGAGCUCGCCCGGCAGCUGGAGAGGUUAGAGCGGGAGAACGCCGAGGUGGACGGAGACGACGACGCCGAGGAGAUGGAGGCUAAAGCGGAGGACUAGAGUCACACCUCAGAGGAAAGGCUGGUGGGGAGAAAAAACAUCAGAGAGAUGUGGACAUGACCAGCCACAUGGGCUCAGUCCAACAGAUGUUACCUUUCACAUUGCAAACAUUAGCAGGCGUUAAAAGUUCAUUGGCCGACGUCCCGGUUUGUUCAGUAGCAAAGUUUGUUUAAAGGACGACGACACACAACUGUCCUAUUACACAGACAUGGAUGCAAAGAAAGCUAAAUUACAAAUAAACAUCAACAUAGUCUCUAUUUUUAAAUUUGAAAAAUGAAAUAAAGCAGUUUACAAGCAGUGGCCUUCACUUACCUCUUGCUUCAGAGCCCGCUGUCUUCAGUUUCCUGAGGAGAGACUGAGAUUAAAGGGGAAACACUUCAGCUUGUCUGUCUUUACACCCAUCAGCGGUGACUUCAUGUGCUGUUCUCUCUAACAGUUUGAGGGUUUUUAUGGGCAAGACCUGCUCCUGUUCAGCUCACAUGGCAUCAAUAAAGAUCUGGAAGUUUUGA